GUAAACGUCAAGUACGGGUAAAUUGUCGAUGUCCACAAAUCAGUAUUUGAAAAUUAAAUGAAAAUUAAAUAAACAAGGAUUUAUUACACAUUCCAGCAUCGUUUAAUAGGUUUGAUAACAACUUCUACUGCAUUUUUAUGGGCUUUUAUGCACUGGCUACUUCCACAUAUGCUUUUUUUAAAUGACGUGGCUUAACCUCUAAAUUUAUAAUUAGGGAAUUGUACAGUUUUGAAUUAAAACAUGCACGUUAAAGAAAGAAAGAACAGGGCGAGAGAUACCAUCUCGUCCUCUAUGGAAAACGGUGAAUAUCCUCAGAUUAUUCCACGAAGCAACAUAAGAGGCGACGAAAAAAACAUCCUGCUGUUGUUUUUCCUUUACACGUUACAAGGAAUUCCCUUGGGGCUCACCGCCGCCAUUCCUAUGAUCUUACAGAACAGAGGAGUUAGUUACAAACAACAGGCAGAGUUUAGUUUUGUUUCCUGGCCGUUCAGUUUAAAGUUACUAUGGGCCCCCUUGGUAGACGCUAUAUUUUCCAUGCGAAUAGGACGAAGGAAAACGUGGUUGAUACCUACGCAAUACUUAAUAGGGGCUUUCAUGCUGCUCUUGUCCGGGCACGUUACUCAGUGGUUGGGUAACGAAGGCACUGGGCCGAAUAUCGAAAUUUUAACCCUACUGUUCUUUUGUUUGAAUUUUUUGGCCGCCACGCAGGAUAUAGCAGUGGACGGUUGGGCUUUGACCAUGUUAAAAAAACAAAACGUUGGACACGCCUCUACGUGUAAUAGCGUUGGACAGACUACCGGUUAUUUCUUAAGUUACGUCCUUUUCAUGGCAUUGGAAUCACCGACGUUCUGCAAUCAGUAUUUAAGGAGCACCCCGGAGAAAGAAGGAAUAGUAACUUUGCCGGGAUUUUUGUACUUUUGGGGCUGGGUGUUUUUAAUUACCACCACACUGGUGGCUUUCAUGAAAAGGGAAGUGGAACCGCACGACCCUGAGCACAUGGAAGUGCCGGAUAGGGACAUCAAAACGGCAUACAAUUCGCUUAAAGAGAUUUUAAAUCUACGCUCCGUUCAGAUGCUCGUUCUAAUACUUUUAACUUGCAAGAUAGGAUUUUCUUCGACCGACAGCGUAAUGACGUUAAAAUUGGUAGAAUCGGGAAUACCGAAAGAGAGGCUAGGAUUGAUUGCAAUACCCCUAAUUCCCGUACAGUUGGCUAUGCCUCUGGUUAUUGCGAAAUAUACGACAGGACCUCGACCGCUCGAUAUUUUCCUAAAAGCCAUACCGUACAGGCUUGUAUUUGGAUUCAUCGCAGCGUUUCUGGUGUGGAUAACGCCCACCCUUGUACCCGAUGCCAUGGAAGGCCUCCCGUUCCUAUACGUGACGUUUCUAGUCAUUUGUUACGCCCUCCAUCAGGUGUGCGUUUACUGCAUGUUCGUUUCCAUAAUGGCGUUCUUCGCGAAAAUCAGCGACUCGUCGGUGGGCGGCACUUACAUGACGCUCCUGAACACCGUGACGAAUCUGGGCGGUAACUGGCCGGGUAUUUUGGCCCUUUACUUUGUGGACCCGUUGACCUGGAAGCAGUGCGAAGGGGGUGCCGAGAGUAUGGACAAUUCCUGCCGAAAUGCCGUAGAGAAAGAGCUCUGUUUGAGUAAGGGUGGUAAGUGUGUGACAACUUUGGACGGUUUUUACAUAGAGACUGUGAUAUGCGCCGUGAUCGGCUUUGUGUGGCUGCUGUGGGGUUCGAGGAAGAUCCGAUACAUUCAGUCGUUGGACGAGAACGCUUGGAAGCUGCACAAGAGGAAACGGGACAGAUAGUGAGAGAAAUAUAGCCGUGAUGUACACUAAUAGAGGAAGUUUAAAUUAUAUUUUUGUAAAUACUUUUUUGUAAACAAGUACACAUUUGAUAGAGGUUGAGACGGCGGACCGUCUCGAUUACAUCGUUUCUAGUUAUAGAAAAAGUUAUUGUUGUGUGGAUUUUAGGAAAUUUCGUUUAAUAUUUGUUGGAUAUUUCGUUUAGUUUAUAUUACCAAGCGUUGUGUAUUAAAUUAUUGAGUAUUUGUACAUAUGUUUGUUUUAAGUAUAGGGUGUGAUCAAAUUUUUUAGUCAUUCCGAUUUCCGAUGUCGAAAUUCUCCAGAGUUUCUAUUAUUCACUAAACACGUCAUUCACAUUUACCUUUAUUUAUUAAAUAGGUAUUAGUGAAGAGAAAAUUCGUUUUUAUUCCAAAAAUUGUUUCCUUCUUGCAUUUUCUAAAAAUCGUCUUAAGGAGACCCGGUUUAUUUUUGACGCAAUCCUCUUAAGGGUGGGCGAUUAAAAAUACCGAUUUUGUAUUAGGCAUUUCGCAUUUAUGGGGUACGAUUUGGUUGUGGUAUUUUAAUUUUAAAAAGUGGAAUUAUUGACAAUACUGAUUUACAAUAAAACCUCCUUUUAC